UCUUCCUCAAAACUAUAUAGUGAACCUUUAAAUAAUGUAUAAAUACUUGAAGUAGUUACAGAUUAAAGCUGAAAGUUAAUGCUGAGCCAUGUAAUAAAAUGUAAAAAGACCUUAAAAUAAUAUAAAUAAUCAAAAAAAAAAUAGAGUCGUUUUAAUGUAUCUAUAGUCUAUUCACAGACACAGACUUUAUUGUGUGCAAAACAUGUGUCUCGGAUACAAAAACGUUUUUUCUUUUUUAUAAAGCUUCUUCUAUGAUCUAUAAAGUUUAUUCAGCUACAUCACGGGCUGUUAGUCAGCACAAUAAAAGCUCUCCCAUUGGCCUGAAGCCCGGACCUCUAUUGUUAAAGCUAGAGAGAGAGGAGGGAACACACACACACUCACACACACACACACCUCUGUCUCUCUCUCACACACACACACAAGCACAUACACACACACACACCUCUCUCACGCGCACAGGUAGGUGACCGGCGCGUUACCUGAGCCUCUCAGCAGGAGCCUCUCUGUCCGCCCGGCUGAUUAUUCGCUGCAGCCAACCGGGAAAUGAUCCGGUGAGGACACAGCACAGGAGCAGAAAGGUCCACGUCGGACUGAUAACAUCGUCAAAAUGGAUCAACUCGAUGUUUAUUCGUUACUUGUUUUUGUAAAAGCGUAACAGCUGUCGACGUGUUUUGGAUAAGAGCGCGCGCGUCUGGAAGUUUUGGGAGUUUUACUUUCAAGCGUCCGGAGAAUAAAACCUCCGGGACUUCUUUACGGUCUCGGUGUCCAGCCUUCACUCACUGAGACGCCUUCUGUUUGUUUCCCAGCGGACCACCUCGCUCCAUCAAGGGCAUGAGCGCGGAGGAGCAGGACCGGCUGCGGACCCUCUUCCAGACCUACGACGUGGACAACUCCGGCGAGAUCGAGAAGAGCGAGUUCCUCAUCAUCUGCGGGGAGCUGCAGGUGCCCGAGGCCGAGGCCGAGCGCAUCUUCAACCGGCUGGACUUCAACGGCGACGGCACCGUCACCCUGGAGGAGUUCAUCAGCGGCUUCCACGACCGCUACGGGGAUGUGAUGGAGUCGGACGGAGGAGAGGUGUCCGUCGCCUGGGAGAACUUCGAGAGAAAAAUGGGCGACCAGGCCAAGUUCAUCCCCUGCACUGACCAAGCAGCCACGUUGUACCAGAACAUCAGUCUGACUGAGCCCAGACUGAUACCUCAGCUGGAGAAAGUUAUCAUGAGCUUCGCCAAAGAGAUCAAACAGCAGAACUCAGAGAUGGAGAACCUGGCCCUCGCCAUCAAACGAGCGCAGGACCAGGCAUCGAUGCAGCUCAGUGAAAUGGAGGAGGAGAUGGACCAACGCAUCCACGCUGCUGAGAGAAAAACGAGGGAGCAGGAGACGAAGCGAGCAGAGGCUGCACUGAAUGAGUUACGGAGAAGUUACGAAACUGACGUGUGUGAGCUGCAGUGUAAGAUCCAGAGGAUGAAGUUGAUAGAAGAGAAGUACAAGAACAUCACUGUGAAUGACGAGAGCCCGGCUUUAAGGAAGAAGAUCAACGAGCUAACAUUGGAUAACCAGCGGUUAAAACAGGACCUAAUGAGGUCUCAAACCAAAGUGGCCUGUCUGCACAGUGAGAUGGACUCUCUGAAGACAGAGCUGACUGAUCAAAGCAUCAACUCUGAACAAGACGAGGAGCUCAUGAAGCAGUUCAAUGAUGAGAGAGACGUGUUGGAGAGCCAGAUUGAGAUUCUGCAGGUAGCCAACAGGAAGCUCCAUGACACCAACGAUGGCUUGAGGGCCGCUCUGGAGCGGAUCACCAGGUCUGGUACCACGGGCUCACCGGGAGAGAUGAAGGACAGAAACAGAAGUAAAAGCAUCUGCUACUCAUCACCUCUUGCAUUCAUGGAUAGGUUCCAGAAUUUGGAGGGAGGAUUACCCACGUUCGUCCGCCGGCCCAGCAUUGACACGCUGGCCCUGGCCAUGUGCGACCCGGGCCUGAAGCGCAGAGACAGCAGCGAGUGCGAGGUGGACAGCCUGCCCGAGUUCUACAUGGACAGCGGCCUGUCGACUCUCAGAGGUUCACAUGAAGGCUACGACUCAGAGCAGGAGGUCAAAGGUCAAGAGGAGGAGGAAGAGGAACAGAGGGGGAAGAAGGAAGGCAAGCAGGUCAACAAUGAUAGCAUGAUGGAAGGAAACUCUGACACUGAGCAAACUGAGACACAGGACGGUGAAUCAGCGUUUGGAUCAGACAGCAGCUCAGUUUUGGACUGGAAGCCAUCUGAAGCCAUUCUGUCCCAAACUACAAGAAAGGCCAUCAGUGCUCAGCCAGCUGGGACACAGGAUGGUGAUUCAUCAUUUGGGUCAGACGGCAGCAGCUCAGUGUUGGACUGGAAGCCAUCUGAACCCAUCAGUAUGCCGACACCGGCUGCCCCAACAAGAAGGAAACCCCUCAGUGCCAUCAGUGUUCAGUCUCCUCUUCACCGUGACUGUCCGUCCCCUCUUCAGAAGGAGGACAGAGUUGACUUGGGCUACAUGACAUCAGAGAAGGCCUACAGGAUCGUGUUAGCUGGAGAUGCUAAUGUGGGAAAGUCCAGUUUCCUGCUGCGUCUCUGCAAGAACGAGUUCACGUUUAACUCCAGCUCUACACUGGGAGUGGAUUUCCACAUGAAGACACUAAUCGUGGAUGGAGAACCUGUUUUACUACAACUGUGGGACACGGCAGGACAAGAGAGGUUUCGCAGCAUUGCAAAGUCUUAUUUCCGGCGGGCGGACGGUGUGUUGCUGCUGUACGACGUCACCUGUGAGCAGAGCUUCCUUAACGUGAGAGAGUGGGUGGACGUGAUCGAGGAUGUGUCCCAGGAGGAUAUUCCCAUCAUGCUCGUGGGUAAUAAGUGUGAUCGCAGACAAGAGAAAGUGAGCAGCGUUCCCACCAGCUAUGGCCAAAAACUAGCCAUGACAUACAACACUCUGUUCUGUGAAACUAGUGCCAAAGACGGCUGCAACAUCGUGGAGGCUGUGCUGCACCUGGCCAGGGAGGUUAAGAAACAGGCUGCUUAUGAUGAAAAAACCCACCACCAGAAGUUGACCAGCUUAGAUGCUCCCAGGAAGAAACCAACCCACUACUGCUGCAACUGAUCAUGUUCGUCAGACAGAUGUGGAGGCUUUAUUUGGAUUCUGCACAGGUGGAAAAAGGACAGACCCUUCAUCUCAAUUCUCAGUUUUCUACAUCCUCCACUCCUUUCCCCGUCUCCUCUCCUCACAUUUUAGUCCCUCCCGCAAGCAGAGAGGAUGCCCAAAAAAAAAAAAAAAAAACUUCAGCAAAGUAUACUCCUGUGCACCGCUGAUUGCAGCUCCUCCAAAAAGGAAUUGAGACAUCCUUCAAUAUGGUGCGCCGAGAUCAAUUUCUGGGUCACAACUGGGAGGAUGGAGGAGUGUGAGGAGAGACCAGAGUCUCUGCAGCAACAGGAACAAAACAUCAUCGUGAAUAACACGUGGAUUCAGUGAGCUGAAUAUCUAAAACUUCACAUCAGCUCAGAUUGUUUUGUGUUAUUUCAGGUGAUUUUAAAAGUGAAGUAUGAGCUGCAUUUCAGCUGCAGCUUGACGUGUUUCCUCCCCAUAUGUAUGAAUUUAAGAAAGCCUGUAAAAGUUAUGUUCAUAUUUUAUUAUCAUGCUAUUUCACAUAUUUGCCUGACACAUAUAUGUGAAGAUACUCCUGAGGGGAGAGAGGUGAAAGUGAAGUUUAAUGUGAGAAGGAGGUGAGAGUGAAGCCAGGUGUAUGAUGAUGUUUUUAAAGUGACAUUUGAAGGUGACGCCGACAUUACUGGCAUGUGAUAAAGGACAGAAAGUUUAUUGUCGUAGUGAGAAAAUAAGACAAGUGGAUUCUUAUCUGGUUGUUAUAACAUAAACCUCGGAGCUCAGUUAUCAUUAGUGUAACUGCAGGUUUGCAUGUCAGUGGCCUGAAAGGAAACAGAAGUCUGCGAAGCAUCGAGAGCUGAACUUUUAAUUGCAAUCCAGCUGCAGGGAUUGUUCAACACGCCGACGCUGAGAAUAACGUCGGAAGUCAAAGCAAGAAGUUCUCAGCCUGGUCUUUGUUCCUGCACGAUGAACUCUGGUGUGAUUGUACUUUAUGCUAAUGUCACAACCCACCAUCUUACAUUAAUUUACCCUACAGUGUUACUCUUUCUUUUCAUUUGUCUUCCCACUGAGGACGACUUUGUGUUAGAGAAUUUAUAUUUUUGGAGCUGAACAUGUAACGCGUCACCUUUUGAUUUGCACAAAUGCUUUAAAAACACCCACCGUUGUUUCAUUAUCUGGUACGAGUGAUGAAAAAGUAAGUAAGCAGAAAGCAGGAGUCCUCAUCUUUAUCACACAGAGACGCGUCUGUAAGUCUGUUUAGAGUGUACAUGUGACCUUGAGUAUGUCUUAUUAUUGUUCCCUAAUAAUGACUUCAUAUUAUCCAUUCUGACAGACAGUGUAUAAAGGUGUCAGGAUGCUUCAAAUGAAAAGGCUUUUGGGAUUCUUGCUUCUCCUUUUUUUUGUCAUUUCACGGCACACGUUAAACAACUACAGAGGUCUGAGAAUCGGUCGCUCACCACCGCGUUUUGUUACGUUUCCCCAGAAAAACAAAACCUGAAGAACAGGGGGAGAGUUGCAGGUUUGGAAACUAACAAAAAGGGUAAAAGCAAACUGGUCCCUGGGUGUCUAAAAGGUGGGGGUGGAAAUAAACUCACAGCUACUGCCUGAUUCUAUCAAAAUGAUAGAUGAACAAAAAACAUUGGACCCAAAAACUAAAGGUAAUGUGGGAGGAAACAAAAA